CCUGUGGCCACCUCCCCACCGCCCAAUGAGCCCGUGGGUGCGGGCCUCGUGGCUGCCCUGGACGCUGCUCCUCACCCACAUCUCAGCCCCCUCUGCUGCCUCCACCACCCUGGGACCCCACCUGGAACCAGCAGAGCCCACCUGGCAGGAACCCCCAGACCUGCACCCCACUAAUGACCCAGGGGCCAGCGACAGAGGGUCCUUGCUCAGCAACAUCCACUUCCGGCUCCUGAUCUUCCUGAAGGUGCCCCUACUGCUGGGCAUGAUGGGGGCCGUGCUCUGGGCGAGCUGGCCACGGAGGGGCCCGCGACAGGUGGACAGCGCCGUGUGA